UAUAUUGGAAAAUUUAGUUUCGGUUUCAACUUCUAGUUCUACAAGGUCCAAAUUUGUUGUGUACAAUUUGCUAUAUUUAUGUGGUCUAAUGGGCAACAGUCCCAGCAACAGUGACGACGAAGACGACAAGGAACCCAGAGAGAUGGAUGGAAAUAGCUCUGAUGGAAAUGACUCAGAUGACGGUGGUAAUUUGAACCUGACUGACCUGUCAGGGUUGUUUAGUCACACCAGUCUGAGGACUCUGGCCGCCAACAUCAAGGAAGAAGUUCCAGAGAAUGUGUUACAGCAGUACCGGUUUCAGAUUCUUCGAUGGCUGGAAGACAAAGAAAACAAGAUGGAGGAAACGCUGACCAUCUCCAAAUUCUGUGACUGGCUCCAGAACAAGGGAGUAUCCCGGGAGGAGGCAGCUAGGACGUUCCAGCAAUUUGACACGGAUGGCAGCGGAAUCGUGGAAGUCAGCACCAUGCUGACGAUCAUAAAGUCCAUGAAUGGUCAGAACGUGAUGGGAGAGCUAGGACGAAGCUUCAGGAUGCUCCAGGCCUGCUCACUCACACCAGGAUUUGUGGAUGUGUAUGCAAGAGACCACGAUGCUGUGCAGCAACACGCAGAAAAAAUACUAAAGUAUCUUACAAGAAACAGGUCCCCUAGCCUUAGUUUACCCUUUCCUUAUCUUAAUGGCUUCAACAACACAACCAGUAUGAGAAAUCUUGUGCUGAAGUCUGUGUUCCAACAGAUAAAAGACAAAGGUUUUGGACACAGUCAGGGGAACCUGGAAUCUGGGGAGGAGGUGAGGACAAUCAACCCCUGCUUCAGUAACAUAGAGGUCUCUUCCAACUAUUCAGACGCCCACAGGUUAACCAAUGGAGAUCCCAGUACCUUUUGGCAGUCUGAUGGGUCUGCCAGGUCCCAUUGGAUUAGGCUGCACAUCAAGAACAAUGUGGUGAUAAAGAGCUUGAGUGUGACUGUGGCGUCACCAGACUCCAGUUAUAUGCCAGAGGUCAUCUGGGUGUCUGCUGGAAAAAACUUCCGCACCUUGAGAAAGAUAAAGGAAGUCACUAUACCAAGUCACAUAACAGGGGAUGUUACUUUGUUGCAGAAUAUGAAGCACUUUUAUCCAAUAAUUCAAAUAAACAUAAAACGAUGCAGGAAUGAUGGCUGUGAUACAAGAAUACAUGGAGUCAAAACUGUUGGUUACAAAGUAAUCAAAGAGGCUGGAAUAAGUGUGGCUGAUGCCUCUGCAAUGUGGUAUCUACAGGUCCUAGCAACCACGGUAACCAUGACGAUACCUCUGGCUCCACAAUUGCGGAUGAAAAUUUUGGAACACACAAAGAAAGCCCUGGGACUUAUUCCUCCAUUAUCUCUCUGUCCAGUCAGCAAUGACAGACCAAAGUUCCUAACCAAACACGUGCUUCAAGAAGUGGAGAAAUUUGUGACGGACAUUGCAUUAUAUGACGGAGAGGUCCUAACAGAAGGUCUCCAGGUUCUACUGUCCUUUAAUUUGGCCAGAGGAAAUGUGGGAGCUCUGUUGAGAACCAUCAAACUGCUUCAAGAAAAUCCUGAGGCCUCCUUACCAUGUGCAGAUUUACUUCGGCAGAUGCAGCAAGCAAGAGAUGCAUGCUGGGAAAAAACUGGAAAUCUAUUGAACUUGACGUUAAGUGGUUCUGAUGGAGGUCAGAGUGACGAAAACUCUGGACCAGAAAAUGUGCUUAACCAUACCUGGGCAAUGCCAGUGCAGUCCUCAUAUCUUACGAGUGAUGGCAACACCAAAGUCAACAUGGUCUUCAAAUCAUCUGAAACCAUACAAUUGUCUAAGCUGCGCAUACGAGUAGCAUCUGGAGGGAAAGGAGCUAGACGAGGAAUGGUUUUUGUUUUCAAAGAUGAUGGCUCAAAAUUUGAUAUGGCCAAGAUGACAGAGAGGUUUCAGUCCUAUGAUACGUGGGGAAAACAAGAAUAUGACUACAGUGUCCAAGUCAGAAAUACAGGUCUAGCAGGAAAAGACGAUGACCCUGUGGCUUUUUUCUCCUUUGAUGAUGACUGUGAUGAGUUGGAUGUUCCUGUCAGCUGGCAUCCUACUGGAGAGUAUGUCUUGGUCAAAUUUGUGGACACAAGGCAGGAGGCAACAAAGAUGGGCAUUGUGGGAAUUAAAUUCUAUGGCUUCAAUCGCAAGAUCAUUCUUGCAGGGGAGGAGUCUAGGAUUUUACCUCAAGUGCAAGAUCAGAAGAAAGAUUGUAGCAGUACUGAAAUAAUCAGAACAACUUUACAGUUUUUAAUUGAUUUGUCUCGAGAUCAAGCUGCAAAUUUGAAACAUGGUAUUCCUGGAGGUAAACCAGAAUAUUUGGAGUUUUCUGAUACCCCACUAGAGGUCAUAUGGAGUUUGUACAGAGCAUUCAAUGAAACAGAGAAGUGGCAGUCCUGUGCAUUAUUAACCUUAAAACUGCUUCACUGUUUGUUACCUGUUUUCACUUUCAUGACAGAGGAACGAAAGAAUUCCUCUGCAGAGUUUUUCCAGCAUAUAUGUAAGAUAAUUGAUAGCCCUCAUAUGAAGGAGCAGUCUUUCACUCAAUACGAGUUGUGUCGCCACCUCAUAAUUGACGGAGCUGCUGUGUUUUUCCCUGAGAAAGAAGCAAGGAGAGAGCAGUUGUUUUCUAUGAUGAGGAAUGUUGAGAGUUUAUCCAAAGCCCCAUCAGUGAUGCUGGUGUUUCAGUCCCUGUGUCAGUUCUUCAGUUCAGUUGACCCCAGUGGACUGCUGGACCUCCCAAAGCCAAAUACUCAGCACUACGAUAUCUCUAAAGUAUUAACAAUCAUGGAGACCAUGAUUUCCGUGUCUAGUCACGAGUUCACGGCUACAUUGAAGACGGGCAAGAGCCAGGCCCAGAUAGAGCCCCUCCUACAGCUGGUCAGUGCCCUACAGACCAGUCUCCUCAGCUGGUGCUGGGCCCAGAUUGUCCCAGAGGAGGAGGGCAAGAAAGAGGACAACAAUGGGUUGAGGGAGAAUGCUCUCCAAAUAAUCACCAGAUAUUCUGUGUUUGUGGCAAAUAAAGCAUCAGAUGCUUGUAAAUUGUUGCAGUCAUGUGAUAGUGUGCUUUCAUCAGUUGAGCUGCUGGAGAAUUCAUUUCUAGGAAGCACGGUCAGGCAACUAGUUUUGAUCCUGAAUUUCCUCUGUGAUAGCUGCUGUUCUGAUACAAGAAUUCAGCUCUUUAGAAGUUUCCAGUCCCUGUGUAAAGAUCUACAAUGUCUUUCAGAAAAAUUACCAAAACUAUUCCCUCCAAUAACGAGCGACCACUGGGCCAGUGUUCAGACCGAGGACAUCGUGCUCAGGACCUGGGAGGUGGAGUCUUCCCAUAACUAUGAGAACAACCAACAUCAAUCUCAGGUGUUCACCUGUCCAGGUGCUAACAAAUUUGUGGUGGAUUUUGAUCCGAGAUGUGAAACAGAAAGGAGGUAUGACUACCUUGCGUUCAAUGAUGCCAAGGGGGUCCAGAUGAAGUUCGAUCAGAAAGUGGGGACCUCCAAAUGGCCAAAACAGGUCAACUUCAGUGGGCCUCAUCUCCAUUUCCUGUUCCAUUCUGACAGCAGCAACACAGAAUGGGGGUACAAGUUCAAGGUGACAGCCCGAGGAAGCCCAGACAUCCCCUUGUCCUGGCCCUUUGACCUUCAGCUGAGUCUGACCAAGCUGAUGGGUCGACUGUGUGGGGCCACACUCAAAGCCAAUCCUUUUGCUGUGACUGACCCUGUAUUAGGGGGCGUGUCUUCAGAACAGGAUGUACUGAGGAGCGAGCUUUGGACCUCCCUGUUCCGAGGGGGGUACAUGAUCGGGAAGCUGGAGAGAUCUCUGUCAGGAAAAUUUGCCACAGCGGACAGCAGUGUGUUGGAGUUCCUCUGGAAUGUCAUCAAUAAGACAGAGGGCAUAGCUACUAAACUAAUACAAAAAUGCAAGGAGCAGCAGAAAGGGGUGCAGAUAGAACAUGGUAACACAGAUGAAGCCGUUCUUGCUGUGUUUGCAGCGCUAGUUUGGCACACCCAACAGCUGAGGGAAGAUGUCCAGAAAUUAGUUCAAACCCCAGGUGAAUUGAAUGUAUCUGAGGGACUACUUUUAGCUUACACCACUGCCCAUUCCUUGAAAACCAAUCUGCUCUCACAAAAGCAGAAGUUAGCUGUGGAGAAGGCAGAAGGAGAAGAUGUUCAGGAUCCAGCUGUGGCAUGUAAAGAGAAAGCAUUGUUUCUGUUGAAAUUUGCUGGAUUGACCAAAGUGCAAUUAAAAAAUGAGAUUAGAUCUAAGGCAUCAAAACAGUGGAAAAAAAUGAUUCACAGAAGAGACAAGCAAGGGCGGUUUGAUGCUCUAGAAAAAUACCCCUCGUUUCGACUGGUCAUUGACUUUGUGCAAGACCCUGCUUGGAUAACUGAAAGAGUGAACAGCAUGUUACAACAGCGCUCCCAGCAUGCCAAGGCUGUGUCCGAGGUCUACUCCUUCUGUGUCCAGUUCCUGCAAAUCCACAACAAACCCGACAUCUUCCAGAUCCCCAACGUGCUGUUUUUCCAAGAGAUGCUGUGUUAUCAAGAUGGAUUCUGUAAGCACUACGCCGACAGCUUGGAUGGAUGUGGACUACAGCAAGAGUCAGUAGUCAGGGCGUCCUUCUACAACCUCAUCCGCAAAAUCACGGACACCUACCACAAAUAUCACCGGAUACAGAUGGAAAAAAGUGCAGUUCCAGCGUAUGAAUACAUACAAGCCUGUUUACUCCAUCUGUUGGAUGUAGAAUGGCAACCCUAUGACCUGUCCUUUGUCCAGGAAGUUAACCUCCCAGCCUUGUAUUUAGGAAUCACAAAAGAAACAGUGAAGAUGAGAGAGUGCACAUUUGGGCAAGAAGAAGAAAAUGAAGAGCUCGCUGAGUACAAUCGCUGUAUGAGCUGGUUCAAGGAAUGCUCCGAGGGCUUCAACCAGUGGUACAAGAACGCCAAGAAGGACAAAUCGGAGAAAGAGGAGAGGGAGGUGCAGAUGUUUGUGGCCCGAUUCUGUGAUCUCCUUGAGGUAGAGAUAACCUGUGAUGGAUGUAAUGUGACACUGCCGGGCCGCAGGUUUCGGUGCUUACAGUGCGUGGAUAUGGACCUAUGUGCUACGUGCUACGCCAGCGGAGUCAAACCUGAAGGCGAGCACUCGGACGAUCACGAUAUUGUGCAUUUAGUCUACAAAUGUAACAAGUGCCAAGCAUUCAUAGUGGGAACUCGCAUCCACUGCAAUGUCUGUGAUGAUUUUGAUCUGUGUUAUGGCUGUCAUGAAAAGGGAAGCUUUCCUUCUGAGCAUAAUUCUUCACAUGACAUAACCAAAUUUCCCUUGGUGAAAUUGGGCACCUCUCUGAUUCAGGGCUACAUCCACCAGCAUGUGUGGCUUCUGUUUACCAUUCUCUCCCUGUCGACUGGAGAAAUUGUGACCUCUUCUCAUGUAGACCUGGACUAUGUAAAACUGGCCGCCCAGCUCCAGAGUCAGUGCAUGCAGAUCAUUACACAUUGUCUGAAACAAGUACCCGAUGACACAGAAGAUAGUGGAAAAGUUUUGCAGCAGUCUGAUAAGAGUCUGCAAGCCAUUGAAAGCAGGCAGAUGGAGGCAUUUGCCAUCCACACACAGGAGAGGAUCAUGGGAUUGCUGGGAGCCAUGAUUCCGCGUGAUAAUUCGGUCAUGUCUUCAGGAAAUUUUAAUUUCACCACCAAGGAAUUUAUUCAAUUAUUGUUUAGAAUUGCCAGAGGGGAAAGUGGUCAUGAAGUGAACACCCGACAUUUAGCCAUGGGACUACUAGGACCCCUGCUCAAUCGCUGUGAUAUUGUAGUUGCUGAUCAAGCUGUGAUUUCAAAAGAAAAGGAAGAAGAGAAAACUCCGGGGCUACACUGUAUAAACUAUUUAUUUACCUUCGGAGCUGACUGCUUGAAAAAGUGUGGUUUGGAGUGGGCCUGCUCCGUCUCGCGGAUCCUCCAGAGUCUAUAUAGCUCCCCCGAGUGGAAGGCCGUUAUCCAGCACUACCUCAACGACUGUGUACAGAUGCUGACCAGUGAACCAGACCUACCCUCCAUCUUUGCUCUCUUUGUCAUGGCUGGAUUUCCAGAGGUGUUGACGAUUGGGACUCUGGUGAGCUUCACUCAGUACACAGGCAUGGAGAGAAAGACGGGGGUCGUCCUCAAACACUUCCCCGACGAAAACCAUACUCUUAUUAUAGAAAUCAAGACCAGGAAAAGACACACGAUAUCAGAUAAGUACGUGGACUGUGUGAGCAGCAACGAACAGAUCUGGGACUCCAACUACAUCUCUGUCUUCUACCGGACAACCAAGACAAUCAUUGAAAGCAUCAGGGGAGAUGCAGAGGUGACUGUGGAGACAGCCUGGGUUCUCUCCCUUUGCCUUAAGGUACUCAGCAACAGUUUGAAGAAUUCCAACCAGCCGGUUCUACCAGAGUUGUACCAAUCUAGCUUCAUCCAGUGUCUGGUGUUCAUCGCCAGCAAGGGGACAGAAUUCAGUCAGCAGUGGCUUCUGAAGGACUUGGAGGUUCUGUCUCUCAUGCUCUACACCAAUCAGGGAGGCACUUCCACUGCGGGGAUCAAGACCCACAGUCUGUCUCUGUCUGAGAGACUGGCGGCCGCUCUGGAGAAGAGGACACAGUCCCGGGGCGCCACCUUCAACGGUCUGUUAGACGAUGAAUCGGACGAUAUCUUCAUGUCAUCUUCGUCGUCAUCAGAGUCAUCAUCAGAUUCAGAGGAUGAAUCGGUGGACUCUGAUGAUGUCACAGUGACAUCAGGAGCCAAGGGCAAGAGCGACUCUGACGUCAACAAGUUUCUGGAGGGGAUCGAUGAAAAGACACGGACAAUGUUUGAGAUACUUCACAAAGAAUUCAAGCUGCCGUUAGAUGUUCUAAAGGCCAUGUACGAAAUGAAUGACAAAAGCCACGACAGUGUGGUCGAAGCUAUUGUAGAAAAUUUGGAGACGUACCCAAUUACUGGGAAAGCAGAUCUAAAGAGGCUGACAGAGAAAUGGGAGUCCAUUGCCAGAGCCAAGAGUCCAAAGGCUGCUAAAUCAUCUUCUGAUAAAGUGAUAGACACUGGCAUACAUUAUCAUCCCGCUCUCAAUCAAACGAACAGAAUGUUGGAGAAGGCGUCUCCAGAAGACCACAAUGAAUCUCAGAAACUGAUCCCAGUCCCAGACAACGACAUAGAGAGUGACUCACAGAAAAAAGAGCGCAGUAAGAGCAGCGAACUCCUGAAACAGGAGCUAGAGAAGCAUGGCCGCACACCCUGUCGUGACUACAUCCUGAAGGUGAACCUGGCAAUGUCUGUGCUGUACGCGCGACAGCUGCUGGCCAGUCUGUUGGCCCAGUGGCCUGACCAGGGCCCGGUGAUUACAGCCGAGUUACUGGGAUGUAAGGACCCUCAACAGAUCCCCUGUGUGUUGGACCUGCUGAACAAGUCUGAGUGUAGGAGCAGGUUUCAUAGUGUCGUAGAGAAGGUCAUGCUGUAUUGUGAACCCAAGAGCCUGGUGCCGAUCGCCAAGACCGCCGGACAGUUCAUGGAGGAAGUAACCUUAUCCUCCAUUCUGAAGGAGAGCGACCACCAUUACAAGGAAUCCUCGGCUUGCAAAGACUCUGUACGACUCCCAGGGGCCUCCUGUCUCAGGAUAUCAUUUGAUGGAAGGUGCUCAUUAAAAGAGGGUGAUGUUUUGGUGUUCGCCACAUCUUCAGACCUUCAGCAAAACAGACAGGAGUUUACAGGGACUUCGGGGGCUAACUGGACAAGUUUCCAAAUCCCAGGUGAUGCAGUGUACUUUGAGUUUACUGUUGAUUCUGGAGGAGUCAACACAUCAUGGGGUUACAAGUUUACUGUUACCGCGGGAACCAAGGACAGUUUCGAGACAGGAUAUGUGAUUCUGGGCAAUGUUCUCUCCACAGAUCUAGCUCUAAACCUGCAUAUCAGCGACCUGUGGCUAAUUAUGGUGUAUGUUGCUACCAAACAAACUGGAGAACAAAGACUAAAGGCCAUACAGCUUUUGCUGAAGAUAUUAGAAACCCAGAACAGGUGCCCCUUGAUCGGUAAGCUGAAGCUGGAUCUGGGCAGCCUGAAGCCGCUUUGGCAGCUCCAUGACAGCCUGAGUAAAGAGCAGACGGACGGUGGUUCUGUGGUGCCCCCGGUGUUACGUGCACUCACCGAGCUCUUCCUGCAGGUGGAGGCCACCGCUAUGAACUGGGGGAUGACUCAGGAAUACCUUUUGGCAAUACAAGAUUUUGAUGAACUCAAAUUGGCUGUCCGACAGGGAAUAAUGAAUGUAGCUGCUGUCAGCACAAUGAUUGGCUACAAUAAUGUGGCUACAGAACUUAUAGCACUAGUAAAGAAGAAGAAGAUGCAAGAAAAAUGAAGUUUUAGGAUUUCCAAUUGACUUUGUGUAUCACAAACGAUUUUAUGUAUUAAGAUAUUAUGAUUUUUGUGACAGAUUGGAAGAUUAUUUAUCUGAAAUAUUAUGAUUUGUGUGUACAUGUAGUAGUUUAAUCAUUUUAUUUAAUUAUAUGAUGGAUUCAAUAUGCAGUUGUCUCCCUUGUAUGUUUUUUUUUUAAAUUAGAAUUAAUUAGAAUGACAAUGACUGUUUCUGAGUGAAUAGGUCAUACAAGGCCUGUGAUGUUGUUUUAUAAUAAACAUUAUUUCUUUUACUAGUAUUUUGUCUUUGCUCUUCUUUCAUUAAAAAACUAAAAACUAAAGAUAUCUCCAUUAAAUAUUAAUUAAAUCAAAAAUUCAAUGUAUUGAAUUAACUUGUCACAUUACUUAUUGUAUUAUAUUUUAUCAAGGGAAAGAGGGGAGAGGAUUUAUAGAUCAUUUUUAGUGUAAAUUAAGACUGUUGGCUAUAUGUAUAAAAUUAUACAUGUAUAACAUACAUGUAUGUCUUUCCAUAUACAUGUAUAUAUCAUUGUUAUUUAUGAAAGUCAUGAAAAUCCACACUCGGAGAGUGGUAU